AUGAAUGUGUUUAUAGAUCGUCGACAGGUUAUUCGGUUAAUGCUGUCCCAGUUGCGUGAAUGGAAGUUGUAUGCUGCCAUGGUGGCAUUAGAAAAGGAGAGUGGUAUCAAUGAUUAUGAUUAUCCCUAUAAUCUCUCUUUCCUUAGAAGUUUAAUUUUAGAUGGUAAAUUUAUGGAGGCCAUAGCCUUUAUUGAACCCUUGCAAGAAGUACCUGGGUUUAACUGCAAACUCUUCAAGUUUAUAUGUUUAAAGCAAAAAUUUCUAGAGCUGUUAAGUGAUUGGAAAAUGCAAAACGGCCGUUCAGUAAAUAUAUUACACAACUGUUUGGAAGAAUUAAAAAUAUGUUCUCCUGAUAAAGACCAGUUUAAUAGGCUAUGUUGGUUAUUAACUCUAGAGGAUCAUCGAAAUUUGGAAGACUAUAAGAUGUGGACUCCUAUCAGUGGUCGCGUGGAGUGUUUUUAUCAAAUU